AUGAUAAGCAUUCACUUGUGUGUUCAGAUAGCAUUCUUUUUCUGGCUCUUCAGGUUUGUAUGUUGCUUGGUACACACACUUUGUGCACUAAGACUGGCCUUUCCUGACCCCACCACCAUCCCAGGAUUCUUUUGCGAAUUAUAUCAGCUGUUUCAACUAUCAUCUUCUGACAAAUUCCUCAAUAAUUUACUUUUAUAUGUUGAAUCUGUAAGUAUUGGAGUCACUAGCUUUCUCAUUACUUUCCUCUCCUAUGUCUACAUUUUCAAAGCCAUUCUAAAAAUUACAUUGAAGGAUGGAAGACGGAAAGCUUACUCCACCUGCAGUUCUCACCUCACGUGA